AUGACCAAAAGACCAACAUGUUCUAAUGAAGCUGACUUUAAUGAGUGUAUUGUAUAUUUAGUGAUUAAUAUUCUGAGUUGCCAUGGAUAUUUACGAGUGUGUUAUUAUACAAACUGGUCACAGUACCGAAAAGGAAUUGCUCGUUUUGUGCCAGAAGAUAUUGACGUCAAACUGUGUACACAUCUUAUUUAUGCAUUCGCCAAACUUGAUGGCUAUAAAUUAGCAGCAGUAGAGUGGAAUGAUGAUACGACGCCAUGGAGCAAAGGAAUGUAUGAAAGAUUCAACAAUAUGAAACUGUCAAAUCCAUCUUUAAAAACAUUGUUGGCCGUUGGUGGAUGGAAUUUUGGCAGUAAGCCUUUUAGUGAUAUGGCGUCUCAGCCAAGUAGAAGAUCAAUAUUUAUAAAUUCAACAAUCGAGUUUUUACGGAAGAGAAACUUCGACGGACUAGACAUUGACUGGGAGUAUCCAGCGACUCGCGGAGGGCCUCCGCAAGAUAAAAUAAAUUUAGCAUCAUUAAUGAAGGAGAUGAGAAAAGCGUUUGAAGAAGAAUCAAAAUCAACAAGAAAGUCCCGUUUAUUACUUACAAUAGCUGUGCCAGCUGACGAAGAGAAAAUAAAAAAUGGAUACGACAUAGAAGCUAUUUCAAAAUCGUCAGAUUUUAUCAAUAUAAUGACUUAUGAUUUUCAUGGAGCAUGGGACCCUGUCACAGGACACAACAGUCCGUUGUUUCCUAGGAGCAAAGAUAUGGGAUACGCAGCACAGAAGAACAUGAACUGGGUUUCAAAUUAUUGGUUAAAUAAAGGUACACCAAGAUCGAAAAUUGUUAUUGGCUUUCCUCUGUUUGGCAGAGGCUUUACAUUAAGAAACCGGAACAACCAUGAUAUUGGAUCUGAGGCAACCGGAGGAUCGAUUGCUGGUCCUCACACUAGUGAAGUGGGAUACAUUUCUAAUUUCGAGGUUUGCAAAAUGAUUGCUGAUGGUGCUAAAGUAUACAGAGACACAGAACAGAAGGUCCCUUAUCUUGUUCAGGGAGACCAGUGGAUAGGUUACGAUGAUAAAGAGAGUUUUACUGAAAAGGCAAACUGGGUGAAACAGAACAAAUUUGGUGGUGUAAUGUUUUGGUCAUUAGCAUUAGAUGAUUUUACUGGUUUGGCAUGCAAGACUGGUUCUAAAUAUCCAAUGAUAUCAACGGUCAAACGUAUUCUAGCAGAAAAAGAUAUAGUGGGAGUCAAUACUAAACAACAGACAUCUGACACAUUAUCAAUAUCGAAGACUAGUUCUAAUAAGACAGUCACAACUAAUUCACCUGUUUCAUCCGAUAUCUCUGCUCAGUCAUCAGCUACACCAUCAUCCAUCAAACAAAUCGGAUCAAGGACAAGCACACAGACAAAGGGAAAUUCAUUAGUUGACGAUAAUCAAACACACCCAUCAAUUUCUAACGGACAACUUAAAGCAAACGAAAACGCAAACCUAUCUGUGGAUAAUAUAAUAAUAGAAGAAGAGCAAUUAACGGCAUCAACCAAAGACGUGGCUUUACAAGAUAAGAAAAAAUUAUCUAAGUCAGUCCUUUCAACUAGCAGUAGUAACAAAGGACUAGAGAAAAAGCUUGAAGAGGAAAACAAAACUGUUUCUAUAAGUCAAAGUAUCCCCCAAACACAUUCAAAUGAACGUGCAACAACUAAGGAUAAUACUGACGCGAAAAGUACAAAACCAAUGUCGAGCCAACUGUCUACUGGAGCAAAAUCAAUUGAUACAGAAGAAAUACAAAAGAAUAACAACAAUAAGAAUACAUCUAAAGUAUUAAACGAGAAAGCCUCUAUCAAUUCAACAAGUUUGAACCCGGAUGGCUUGCAGACAAAAGUAAAAGAAAUGAAUAUAGAAAGCACCGACAAGGAGAAUGUUGGACAGUUAAAUACACAAAACAAUAGAAGUAAUCAGAAUGCCUUACCUAACACUGAUAUAUCAGCUUCUAUAACAACAAAUACAAAAAAUAAGGAAGAAACGAAUAACCAGACAGAAAUUACAAAUGCUGUCUCCAACAAAAGCCAAAAUAUUUCAAAACAAAGCAAUACAGAAGAACUAUUGAAGCAUGGAAAUAAUGAACAGCAAAAUCCUUCUCCCACUACGAGUGGAUCUGUUGUGGGUAUAGUUAAUAUAACAGCCAAAACAACGGAAAAUAAAGUAAACAGUGUCCCAGGGGGAGGAAAAACAAUUGCCACAUUAAAAGAAGGCACCAAUAAAGGUAGAAAAAUGACAGAGACUUCAUCUUUGAAGGUUGCAAAUGGUGGUGAUAAUAUAAGUAAAAGAAAAAAUGAAACUGCAACACCAGAUUUUAAGGACACGGAAGUACCAAAUAAAGAUUCUAAAACAAAAUCAAAUCCGUCUGUAAGUAAUACUGGUUUAGAUGCUGCUUAUGAAAAUACCGAUUCAUCAAAACCCGAGACAGGUACCUCAGAAACAUCAAACACAAAACAUGCAUCUGCGAAAACAAAAAAAAUAUCAGAUAGAAUUGAAUCAAGAAAAAAAUCAAGAAAAAAAUCAAGAACAAAAUCAAGGAAGAAUUCACGAAAGAAUUCAUCUCAGCAAAAUGGCCAAUCAUCAAUACAAGAACCUACAAAGCAAACACCGUCCGGAAAAGUUUUGUCUACAUUAUCCGAUGACAUGACUAAGACAGGAGUGAAACAGGAAUUGAAAUUAGAAAAAAAGAAAAGUAAAGAAACCGUACGAAUGCGACGAUCUAACAACAAUUUUGAUUACAGUUCAUAUUUUCGGAAAAGGUCCCUUCUUCAAACCACAGAAGUCGGAAAUGGGGCUAAUCCGUCAAGGUUUGGUUCAGUCUUGAGUUCUCUAUUAGAUAUAGUGUCAAAUUUUGCAGUAGGAGGAAGAGAUCGGUCUGUCCAGCAAUCACAGGGAUCGAACACCGGUGGAAGACGUAUUGAAGCAAGACGAAUAAGUGUUACACCAAGUCCACCUGUAAGUUUAGAUUUACAACGACGUUUUGGAGCAAGGAGACGAUUAACUGCAACUCCUAGGCCAUCUGGUGUUCCAAAUUCCCAAAGACGUCUAGAGGCUAGGCGACGACAGACUGUCACGUCAGGCCCAUCUCCUCGAUUGCAACAGGCAUUACGAUUACAGCAAAGGACAAAUGCUAGACAAAAUCAGCAAACUAGUUUGAAUGCUGUUGACCCAAAUUUGAACACCGGGCAAAUGCAGAAUCAAAGACAAAAGACAAAUAUAAGACAAGAUCAGCAAGCUAAUGCUAAUGCAGUUCGUAUUGCAAACAGACGACAAGCACAAAAUCAAAGAACGAAUAGUCUUAGACAAGGUACACAAGUCAGCUCUAAUGCAGCAACUGUUACAAGAAACAGAGGACAGUUGCAAACAAGGCUAUCGACACGAACCAGAACCCAGUCGCGCAAUGGUACACCUGAGAGUAUCGCCCUAUUUCCGUCUGUCGAAUCUGCAAAUAGUGGAAGAACCAAUACAGAUAUCUCUCCAACUCGACCAACACAGAUGAACAGUGUAAUGCGCCAAAGAAAUGGAAAUGCUGUUCAAAAUAACGAAAUACGUUUGUUGCAAACAAGACGAAGAAACAGACUAAGAAAUGAUAAUGCAGUUCGGACGAAUAACAUACUUACAUCUAAGUCUGUGAACGGGAAUCGUUUGACGGUUUCUCGAGAUAAUAUUUUAGAAAACAGAUCAACAUCACUAUUACAGCGAAUUGAAGACGCGACUCGUCAGCGAGGAGCCACAACUCGUUUACAGAACUCUAUACAGAAUAAUCCAAAUACAAAUCAACUGCGUGAUUCCUUUUUAAAUCAGAUACCUGACCUACUUGAUAAUCCUCCAAUUAAUACACUGGAUGCAACAAGACUUCAAACAGCUUUACUUCGAACUCAACAGCGAAAUGCAAACCAAAAUGAUCGUUCAAUAAGAAGAAAUUCAAGACGUCCGCCGUCUAACAGACUGCAAAAUCUAAGACCAUCUUUACCACAGUUAAAUAACUUGAACGAACAUUCACUGCUUAAUAAUAAUCAAAUUUUUCGAAAUCAAUUGCCACAACUAGGAGCUGAAUUAGAUGUUACUGAACUUGGUAUACUUCAAGGAAUCCCAACAGCAUCAGCACUAGGGUUACAACCAAUAAACCCCACGAUGGGCAUUAAACAGUCAACAGAGAAUGGUCGUAUAUCAUUGAACAACAUUACCUCAUUAUCGAACGAUCAGCAAAGUGAUAGGGGACAGCAACCAGUGAGGAAUCUGGGUGUACAACCAAAUAUAGAUGCUAAAAGAAUUAUGCAAAAUGAUAUGAUAAGUCGUCAAACAAUGUUAGAACAGCAAAACCGGAUAACAGGAGGAGAUAAUCAGGUUGCACUGUUAGAAAGACUGUUAAGUCGUCAGGUUCUAGGGAGUACCAACGGAUUGACGAGAAAAGAGCUAAACGAGAUGACACAGUUACAAGGGAUGAUAAGUAAUCAGUUAUUAGGAUCUGAGUUAACAAGAAAUAAUGUUCCCCGUCGGUUGUCUUUGGAAAGAAUAAACGGAAAUAGUCUACCUACGUUUAACCAGAUAGUGCCUUUAGCUAGAAGUGCUCAACCUAGACAUUUUGAUAGCUUAAGUUCUACCAAUAGCAUUCUUCCUAAAUCUGAAAUGGAACAGAAAAUUGGUAAUGAAAUGUUGGUAAUUCCAAAUAAAUUAGCUCAGAGACAGCGAAACAAACUUUCAACGACUCAAGGGAUGACACCAACAAGUAAUUCUUUAAACAGUUUGCGUCUUGAAGAUUUGAAGCUUGGUGCAGAUAAUGCAGAUCUAAGUAUGAAUUCUGUUUUAAAUCAACUUCAGAGUUUUAAAUCUCAGACUAGUUCGACUUUGCCAUUUUCGUUAAAACAACAACAAAAACCUCUUACAAGGCAAACAAACAUAACUGCCCUAAAGACAACAUCUGGCAUCAAACCAAUGGCUCAAAAUCCAUCCAGUAAACAAACAGGUAACAUUGCAAAUAUAUUAAAAGAUCGAUUUCCGCAAUUAAAUGCAAAUCAGAUAACAGCCUUAACAAAUGAAAUUAAGAGACAAGUAAAGUCUGUUGUAAAAUCAAAUUUUUCAGAAAAAGUGCGCGAUACAUUAAUUACAAUGCCUUCUCAAAAAACGUCAGGAAAUGGAAAACCUAGUGCAUCGAUUCCACAAAAAAUUACGGAAAAGUUCCAACCUCGCGAAAACGAAAACAUUAAAAAGUUGGUAAUUCAAGAAAUGGAACCAAAAAGAUCAAAUAGCAGUCCAAAUUUUAAUCCGAUAAAAGGACUGGAAAUGCUAUCCCCAAAACGUUCAACAAAUGUCGGGAAUACAGUAAAUUUGGAGCAACUACGACAAGAAUUAAUGAGAAGUGGUUUACCAGGAAACUUAGUUAUUCAAAUUAAUCCAUCACCUCUUCUAAAUGGUAGAUCAGAUGUAAAUACUCGACUUUCCUCUGGAAGAUUAGGAGUAACAAGAGGAACACAAGUCCCAUCUGUAGACGUACCAAUUGUUCGAAAUCAAAUGGUUAGACGAAAUAAUAACAUAUUAUUGCGAAAUCCAUUCCGGAAACAGCCUCGUGUUCCGCUUGCACUAAUUACAACAACUCCUACUCCCCAGCAAAAGAUAGAUGCUAUUCAAUCUCCCCAUGAACUUAUCAUCAAGGAAAGAGGAAAACAGGCAAUUGAGUUAUCGAACUUGCCGUCGACGCCAUCUUCAUCACCAAGACAACAAUUUCGGGCUUCAAAUCAAACAGUAGUUUUAGGGAGUAGGUCAAAAGCAAAAAUUCCCUUGCCGAAAUCUGAAGUUUUAUGGAAAUGGCAAGUGUAAAACUUAAAUCUGAACUAUGUCAGAUCCUACAAAAGAAAAUUGAAUAACUUAUAUCAGAUAUUUAUGUCAAGAUUUCGAGAUUUUAUAUCAGAUUUAACGACUAAAAGCUGGCAAUGAAACAAGAAAAAGUGUGCAUCUAAAUAAAAUACACAAACUAAAUGCUAAAUAUAAUUAUGAUGCUUGUGUACGAUGAAAGGUUGAUUUCUAUAAUGGUACAUACUUUUUUUUACAGUGAGUCAUUUUACAUAAAAAAUCUUUACAAUUUG